UCCGGAAAGCGCAAAAGGCCCGCACGCACCUUUCUGUGCGCGCAGCGGCACCAAAGCGAGCCCCUCCCCCUCCCGUCUUCGCACGCCCCAGUCUCCAUUCCCCCGAAACCCUAGCCUCCCCCUCCCCUUGGCGCCUUCCCGGUCGCGCCGCGCCCCUCGCCUCUCUAGUGUUCCGGCGGAAGCUGUCCUCUGCGCGGGGGCGGGGGUGGCGAUGGCCUCCUCCUCGGCUUUUUCGAGGCACAAGGUCACCAUCACGCUUGGCCGCAGCGGUCAGGUUGUCAGAAGGAGGACUAUGUCUGAUAUUUAUAAUGAUGAUGAAGUGCCAUUCUCGAGCAAAAAGCGAUCUGUGAGGGAGAGAUUAGGAAGUAAUGUGGUUGAUUCUGAGUUUUAUGAAACUCCUCAGAAAAACAAAAGGCGACAGACAGAUAGCAAUAGCUCGCAUGGAGAUGAUGGUUCAGAUCGCCAGGUUGACAAGGAUGAUCUGAGACUGAAACUUAUGAGGAGGAAAGGCUUGUUACAGAGGAGCAAUGGUGGUGCAGAACAGAAUGGAAUGGAUCUCCGUGAAAAGCUUUCCCGAAAUCCUAAGAAUUUACCGAGAUAUGAUGCAAGAGGCCAUGCUCCAGAAUUAAGGGAUAGGUAUGAUAUGAGAGACAAGGUCCCAGAAUUAAGGUCUACAUAUUCUACGAGAGAGGGUGUCCCAGAGUCAAGGCCCUCUGCUGUUGUUGUAAACCAAAUUCCUUCUGCAAGAAGUGUUGAUGAUUCGUUAAAGUUGGGCUUUUCAAGAAAACCUUACUCGUCAUGGACAGCUGAUGGUUCGAGGAACAGAUCACCUGAAAGGCUUACAGGUGUUUGGGAUGAUGCGUCUUCACAAAGAACCUAUGACCAGAUUCGGCCUAUGCCAUCCCUUAGAUCUGUCAGUACCUCAAGAGCUCCAAGUCUUACAGCAAGAGAUGUUCUUGACACAUUAAGAACUCAACCAUAUGCUGGCAAAUCCACCAUUUCUGUUGGCACAGUACAGAGAGUUAAUGGAAUCACUCCAUCAAGCGCAGCUCUGCCUACAGCAGCACCUGUUAUGACAGAAGCUCCGCUAACGGUUACCGCAUUGCUGAAUUCAUUGGGACUUGAGAAGUAUGUUGUUCUGUUUCAGGCUGAGGAGGUGGAUAUGGCUGCAUUGAGGCAAAUGGGAGAAAGGGAUCUCAAAGACAUGGGGGUACCAAUGGGCCCGAGGAAGAAGAUUCUCCUUGCAGUAGGUCCUCGUUCAAAACAACGGCAAAGAUGAGCCACGUGGUCUGGGACUUGGGAGCAUUUGUUGGCAACUGCAAAUUAUUGGUGUAAGAAUGCUUUAUUGCAGAUCUUGUAUAUCCUCAGUGAUUGUCCUAGUUAACCUUUUUGGCACUGAUAGAUUAGUUCCGCCCCUUUCCUGACGCAUGGAAAGUCAUAUCUAUCAGCUGAUAAUGCCAAUUCUAUCAUUUACGAUCUGUUCCCUCUGUUAUUGUUAAGAAUAGCAGGCUUUGAAACAGGUGGAUACAUAUGGUUACUACCUUA